UGCAGGCCGAGACGCUCUGAGCCCGGCCCGUCUACCACCAGAACGCCACAGAAGGACUGAUACCAGGCUGGACUAAAGCCCACAGCAGGACAAGCAGAGGAUGAUGAUGAUGGCUUUGAUGAAGGUCAUACUGUGUCUGUGGCUGACUGUGACCGGGGUCAGCGCCUCUUAUGUUCCUCAGGAGAUGAACAAGACCAUCCAGAACCUCCUGCAGCACUAUAAAAUUCCACUUGUUGAAAGGUUCAAUGGAAAUCCCGUCUUUCCAAAGGACAGCAUGGAUGGAAACGUUGAGAUGAAGAUGAUCUUCAUGCACGGCGUUUUGGAGACCUAUGAAGACCUGAUCGGACACAUGCUGAAGCAGCUGCCCACCGCCAGUCCGCCGCUGGGCUCCAACCAGGACAAACCCGCAUCCCCCGGCACAUCAAAUGACGACGCCGCCCCGGUCAAAGCGGACGUCCGCUCAAAGCUGAUGUACAUCCUGGAGAAGAUCCAGUUUCUGAAGACGCAUCGCUACCAGGAGCAGGAGAAGCUCCUGCACCGCCUGCAGAACCUGAAGAAGAUCCAGAUGGACAACCGGACGGUCCAGAGCAAAGCAUUAUGGGAACUGCCGCAGCUUUUUGAAAAGGCGAGCUCGCUGGCCGAUAACACGAUGAGGAGGCGGCGGCGGCGUCAGGCGAGGAACAGGAUGCGCCUGAAGGCCUGAAACGGGAAAGAGGCUGACAUCGGAGCGAGCGCUGCCGCUGACGGUUGCCAUGGCAGCGGUCAGACAAACAGCUUGAGAGCUUCUGGAGACGGCGGGAACUCGCUCACAUGAGGGCGUCAGUCGAAGCCAACGUUUUUCAGCCUUUUAUCCUAAGUUUGUCGUUAUUACUUGAAGUGGAUUUACUAAAUCAGAAGAGUCUGGAUAUACUUGAUUAUUUUUCUACGAGUUUAUUUAAGAAAUGUUUAAUGACAGAGUUUUUCUGUUUGAAAAUGUGAAUUCCUGCUGUGUUUACGCUCUGAUUGGACAAAAGUGAAGAAGUGGGCGGUGCCUAACAGCAGCUGUCGUUUUGAAUUCAAAUGUAGCGAAGUGGUAUAAAUGUUUCCUGUCAGAGCUCAUUUUGAUCAAGUCAUCAAUAUGUUUGAUCAGGAGGUCACUGAUGGAUCAACUCUACCGCAGAAAGAUCCACUGAUUUUCUGCUUCUGUUGAUCCUCAGAAAUCACAUGUUUACAGUACUUCAGUAGUACUUAAAGGUACUUUCUGCCCACUGAAGUACUUCGCUGGACCAUCAUUGCUGCACAAAUCUGAGUUUUCACUGAAUUUCUGUGCUUUCUUAAUUUAUUGAUUAUUUAAGGUUAUUUAUGGAUGAAUCAUUGUUGAAUAUUUAUUGUGUAUUUAUUGAUUGGCACUUACUGAAUAAACUAACUGACGGGCAGUUUGGUGUUUUCUGGCAGUUUUGCAACACGAGAGAAUUGUGAAGGAUCUUUCCUUUCAGGAAUCACGACCUCAAUAAAAGCUGCGAACGG